CCCGAUCCCACGUUCCUGAGCCGCCCCCCUGUUGCCCGUUGGCCGAGGAUUGUUGAUUUGCAAUUUGGCGGUGAAACUACUUCAAAAGGACCCUUCCUCGCCGUUGCUACGACCCGCUGUCUGCUCGAGUCUCUCUCCUGUUUCUUCCUCGUCUCCCGCUGUCCCUACACACAUCCCAAGUCGCCCCUCCUACCUUCCCUAGAACCCGCAAUCUGUUGAACGGCACGCCUCCGCCACAUAGGCUUUUGGACACAAUGGCUGCUCGCCCCCAGAACAUUGGCAUCAAGGCCAUUGAGCUCUACUUUCCCAGCCAGUAUGUUGAACAAUCUGAGCUCGAGAAGCAUGACGGUGUCAGCACCGGCAAGUACACAAUUGGUCUUGGUCAGACUAAGAUGACCUUCUGCGAUGACCGGGAAGACAUCUACUCAUUUGCCCUUACCGCCACCUCAAAGCUCCUUAAGAACUACAACAUCGACGCCAACUCGAUUGGUCGUGUCGAAGUCGGUACCGAGACCAUCCUCGACAAGUCCAAGUCCGUCAAGACUGUCCUGAUGCAGCUGUUUGGCGACAACACCAACCUAGAAGGUGUCGACACCAUCAAUGCCUGCUACGGUGGUACUAACGCUGUUUUCAACACCCUGAACUGGAUUGAGUCUUCAGCCUGGGAUGGACGUGACGCUAUUGUCGUUGCUGGUGACAUUGCCCUCUAUGCUAAGGGUAAUGCCCGCCCCACUGGUGGUGCUGGCUGCGUUGCCAUGCUCAUUGGCCCCAACGCCCCCAUUGCUUUCGAGCCUGGUCUACGAGGCACUUACAUGUCUCACGUAUACGAUUUCUACAAGCCCGAUCUCACAAGCGAGUACCCCUACGUGGAUGGUCACUACUCGGUCAACUGCUACACCGAGGCUCUCGAUGCCGCCUACCGCGACUACUGCAAGCGUGAGACCAAGUUGCAAAACGGCCACACCAACGGAGAGCUAGCCGAUGGCAAAACUCCCUUGGACCGCUUCGACUACAUGGCCUUCCACUCCCCUACCUGCAAGGUCGUCCAGAAGUCGUAUGCUCGCCUGCUAUACCACGACUACCUCGCCAACCCGGACCACCCCGCCUUUGCUGAGGUUCCUGGCGAUAUUCGGGACAUGGACUACCAGAAGUCUCUCUCAGACAAGGUUGUAGAAAAGAGUUUCAUGAACCUGACCAAGAAGCGCUAUGCUGAGCGUCUCUCACCUGCUAUCCAGGUGGCUACUAACUGCGGUAACAUGUACUGCGGUAGCGUCUGGAGUGGUCUAGCCAGCUUAAUCUCCCACGUUGACAGUGCAACUCUAGAGGGCAAGCGAAUUGCGCUUUUCAGCUAUGGUUCUGGUCUCGCUUCCAGUUUCAUGUCGCUACGCAUCAACGGCAGCACUGAGAAAAUAUCCAAAACCCUAGAUAUCCCCAACAGGCUAGCUGCUCGUCGGGCUGUACCCCCCACAACCUACGAGGCUUUCUGCGAGCUGCGCCACAACGCUCACCUGCAGAAGAACUUCGAGCCCAAGGGUGACGUGUCCACACUAGUCUCUGGUACAUACUACCUGGAGAAGGUUGACGACAUGUUCAAGCGAUACUACGCGAUUAAGGAAUAAAUUUACGACUAAUGAGGGACGAUCUUACUGGGAUUUUCCAUAGACCAGCAUCACAUCAUUGGGGCGGCUAACAGCUAGAAGAGCAUGUAACUCUUCAGGUCUUUAGAUGGU